ACUGAUGCACCCAGGAUUUUCGCUUCUCUGGUAACAUUUCUGAGUUAUUUUCGCCAUUUUUUUUAGACUGACGCUGCUAUUUUGCUACUUUGUGUGAGUAUCGUUGUCUGUUGUACCGUUCCAGUCAUUUUCAGAUAACGUUUGAAUUGUAAGUUUAUCUUUCCCCAACAGUGUCUGGAAUGAAGAACGCGGUGUGCAAAGGAACGUUCACUCUAAGCUGCUAUUUCCUGUCCUGAUGCGUACUUUAAACGUUGGUCUAAAUGUAUCAAUGCUGAGAGAAACAUUAUUGCAAAACUGACAUUCACAUCCUCCCUUAAUCAAAACAGCCUCUCUAUCAUUUAAGCUCAGUUUGUAACACUUCAAUGAAGCCUUAAACCGAAACCACCUCCAGUGGUUAAACUGGACUUUAAAGAUCUGAAGCAGUGGACUCCAGUUUCUUCGACAAUCCCUCUUUAAAAAAUUGUGCUAUUUGAUUUUUUCUGGUAACUAGUAAUGGUGAAUACAGAGCAAAGCGACAAAGGGCAGGUGUUCAAAUCAGACAGUAGUUCUAGUGAUGGCUUCCAAGAGAGUUCACGCAGUUCAACACCUGGCCCUGAUUCUGACCGACUCCAUGAAAAGAUGCGUCGACGUAUUGAAUCAGGGGACAAGUGGUUCUCCUUGGAGUUCUUCCCUCCUCGAACUUCAAGUGGUGCUGUUAAUCUGAUCUCCAGGUUUGACCAUAUGGCUGUUGGUGGACCACUCUUCAUUGAUAUAACUUGGCAUCCUGCUGGGGACCCAGGCUCUGACAAGGAGACUUCCUCUAUGAUGAUAGCUAGUACAGCAGUAAAUUACUGUGGACUGGAGACAUUGUUGCAUAUAACCUGUUGUAAUCAAACCAAGGAUGAGCUCUCACGGCACCUACACAAGGCUCGUAAUUUGGGUCUGAAGAAUAUACUCGCGCUCCGUGGUGAUCCCAUGGGUGAUGAGUGGAAGGUUGAAGAAAAAGGAUUCAAUUAUGCUAGUGAUUUGGUCAAGCAUAUACGCUCUGAGUUCCAAGAUUACUUUGAUAUCUGUGUUGCUGGUUACCCAACAGGGCACCCAGAAUGCGACAGUUACAAGGAGGACCUCAGACACCUGAAGGCAAAGGUAGAUGCUGGUGCAGACUUUGUCAUCUCGCAACUCUUCUUCAAACCUGAAACCUUCAUUACAUUUUUCAAGGACUGUCGUGCAAUUGGAAUUACUUGUCCUAUUCUGCCAGGAAUCUUCCCCAUUCAGGGGUAUCACUCAUUACGACAGCUGGUCAAGCUCUCCAAGCUACAGGUACCUCAGGAAAUCAAAGAUGUAAUUGAACCAAUCAAAGAUAAUGACGCUGCCAUUAGGAAUUAUGGUAUUGACUUGGCCACUGACAUGUGCAAGGUUCUGUUGGAAUCAGGAUUGGUGCCAGGGCUUCAUUUCUACACCUUGAACCGAGAGGUGGCAACUGUGGAGAUUCUGAAACGACUGAGGUUAUGGACUGAGGACCCUAGGCGAGCCUUGCCAUGGACCACCAGUGCCAAUCCAAAGCGAAAGGUUGAGGAUGUUCGUCCAAUAUUCUGGGCUUCAAGGCAGAAGAGUUAUAUCUACAGAACGCAGGAUUGGGAUGAAUUUCCCAAUGGAAGAUGGGGGAACUCAUCAUCUCCUGCAUUUGGUGAGCUGAACGAUUAUUAUCUCUUCUAUCUGAAGAAUAAUUAUUCCAAAGACCAGCUGCUGAAGAUGUGGGGGGAGGAGCUAGUAGAUGAGAAAAGUAUCUUUGAUGUUUUCACAGCAUAUAUCUCUGGUGAAUCCAACAGCCAUGGCGAAAAGGUGACCUGUUUGCCCUGGAAUGAUGAACCUUUGGCACUAGAAACAUCUCUGAUGAAAAAAGAACUGGAGAAAGUGAAUCGAUUGGGAAUUCUCACAAUAAACUCCCAGCCUAACAUCAAUGCUCGACCAUCAACCGACCCCAUUGUGGGUUGGGGACCAGAGGGAGGCUUUGUUUUUCAGAAGGCUUACCUUGAGUUUUUUACCUCCUCUGAAAACGUACCUACUUUACUUAAAGUUCUCAAGAAUUACAAAACACGAGUGAACUACCAGAUUGUAAAUGUGAAGGGUGAGAAUAUAAAUAAUGCCUUCGAUCUGCAGCCAAUUGCAGUUACAUGGGGUAUUUUCCCUGGACGUGAGAUAAUUCAACCAACAGUGGUUGAUCCCGUCAGCUUCAUGUACUGGAAGGAUGAAGCCUUUGCCCUGUGGAUUGAACGAUGGGCCAAAUUGUACCCAGCAGGAUCUCCGUCACGACAGAUAGUUCAGGACAUCCAUGACAACUAUUACUUGGUCAAUCUCGUGGAUAAUGACUUUCCAUUUGAAAACUGUCUGUGGCAGGUUAUUGAUGAUCUCUUCAUGUUAAAAGCAUCUGAAAACACUUGUGCAUCAAUGACUUGUGAUGUCACUGUCAGACCAUGAAAUUACGUUGUACAGGACAACCAACUGACAACUAGACUUUGUAUAGGGAGACUACCUCACAAUCUCCCAUGUACAAGCUAGAAUCUUUGUUCUGCUGGAAUGGACUUUUACUGUAGCAUUUGACUCUAUUUGCUGUAAUUGUUCGUAACUUUGCACUGUGAUGUUGCAAUAUUUUCACAGCUCUUUGAUUGCAAGCACUAGGCUGAGUGAGGUCAUGGUUAAGGUUUAUGUGGAGAUUCUGUUUCGCAUUUCUCUGCAUUCCUCUGGUUGAGGGCAUAGUCUGAAUCUGAAAAAUAUCAAAUGCAUGUUAUUCAUGUAGAGAUGAUAGUGAAUCAUACCAGGACCAGAUAGAGAAAGGGGAGUCACAUCUGAAACUCACUUUCUUUACUCAAUGUCCAGAAGUGUGCUGUCCAACAUACAGUGGACUAACCAGGUCAGGAAUAGCGUGUAUCGUCCCAGUAUGCACCUGGCAUCUACUCUACUAGGCGGUCACUGAGAUACUAAGCUUCAUAAGAAAUUAUUUCACUCCCAAGGCAAAAGGGAUCAGGAAUGAACAGCUGACAUAAGCAGCUGGGGCAUGUUUCCUGGAUAAUGGAAUGAUGUUUGCCAAUCCUGGGCCACCUCCAGUCAUCACAUCAACUGAAUCUGAUUUGAUGCUGAUAUCUCAUCAUCAAAGGCGGUGUCUGGGAUGAGCAGCAAAGUGGCUUAAACUUUUAUAUAGUUUAAAAUUUGCACAGUCUGCAGAACAACUGGCUAUAGUUGUAAUUCUGACUCCUGUUUUCAAACUCUUUGAAACGGGGUAGAACUAGUAAACUAUAUGUUUAUCUUGUUUUGCAGGAAUAAUGUAUUGAUUUUGUAUAUAUCUAUUUGUUUAAAUAGCACUCCAAACCCUGAUUUAAGCUAAGUUUAGGAAUCAGUCUUAGCAGAAGUUAACACUAAGAUUGAGCUGCCAAAUUCAGUAUUGUUGCAAAUAAACAUAUUGCUGGAAGCUAAGACUCAGUAAAGAUCUAUUGUGAUAAUUGACAAAAAUAUGACCAUAAGAUUAUGCUGUGACAAUGGAAAUAGUGAGCAGCUCUGGGAAUUGCAGGGCAUGGCCUCUUGGA